AUGGGGUUCACUUUCCACCGCUCGUCCACACCAACUGCAUCUUCGCCUCCGACGCUGUCCUCUACAGCCCCUCCAACCUCGCCACCUGGGUCGACUCCCUCCCUCUCCGAGUACGACGUGUCGUUCAAGAAUGGGUUUUCUGUAGAUGAUGGUCCUUUGCGGAGGCUGGAUGAUCCCGAAAAUGCACCCUUCCUGGAAAGCAUCAAGAAGUCCGAGUGCCCGAAAGAGCUUGAACCAGGCAAUAAGAGGACUGCUGUUCAUGUUAAUCUUACUAGGCGGGAUGAAGAAUAUCCUGAACCAGUGAAGAGGCAUGUUGCUUUUCAGGGUGUUGGAAGAACUUUAGGUGGCAGCACCUCUGCAGCAGCUACCACUGAGUCAACUGCUGCCGCUCCUCCCCUUACAGGCGCUCCAUUGCCUUCAAUGGGCUUAGUUGUGGAUCAGUCAUUGCCGUCGACCUCUGUUCAGCUAAGGCGGCCUCUUCACUUCUCUGUCAAAAUCUUCGUCUCUGACCAACAAGACAGCAACUUGCUUCAGAUUAUGUACGCCAUGAAAGCUGCACAGGUACAAGCUCCAGCGCACUCCCUCCACAGCGAGCGGUGUCCCUUGUAG